AUGACGCUAAAGAAAUCAGUGUUCAACAAAAUGAUGCAAGCUGAGGCUAUUGAGUCGACAGUGAGAGAUGGCAUUGAAGCCCUCGGCGUAAAGGAUAGCGAGCAAGCAAGAGACAUUAAAGAGGAGGAUGCAGACGUGGAAAAAGAAUCAGUCCUGGAGGAAGAUACACACCCCAAAGAGAAAGAUGAAGACACCUUUGCUUUAGAUGGGGCCAGGAAGGAUGAUGCCCAAGUGGACUGUACAGAUGCACAGAAGUCCACUGAAGAUGCAGAUGCAUGGGAACUUGCUUAUAGUGAUGACGACAUUGAAGAUCCUAAAAACUGGAUGCCUCCUCCAUCAGAAAUCAAGAGACUUUAUGAGCUCCUCGCCAAAGGAGAAAUGCUAGAAAUGAAUUUUGUGCCUCUUGCCAGACGGCCACCAACACCUGAACGGACGCCUUCUCCAGAGAGAGACGACGAGGACGAAACGGCAAAGGAGAGAGAAAGGGAAGAACGAGAACGCAAGCCACCGACUCCAACUGAAUUUGAUUUUGAUGAGGAGCAGUUAAAGUCAACACCAAAAAAUGCCUUCAUGAACAGACGCAGAACUCCAGGGUCGUCAGCGCGCUCGUCUGUGAAGCGAGAAGCCAGGUUGGAUAAAGUGUUAUCAGACAUGAAGCGACAUCGAAAGAUAGAACAGCAGAUAAUGCGCACUGGACGAGAUCUCUUCAAAUGUGAGAAAAAACUGGAAGAAGCACUGUCUCCCAACUCGCAGAAAGAACGAGAUAAGGAGAGAGAGCGAGACAGCAACCCCAAUACCAUCUUCUCCCCAAGGCAGAGAAGAUACUAA